AAAAAUAAUGGCGUCGCCCGGACUCGAACCGGAGACCUUCAGUGUGUUAGACUGACGUGAUAACCAACUACACCACGACACCUUCUUGUUGAGCUGUUUCAACCAAUUCUAAUUAAUCCUCUUAGUCUUGUAGAAGCUUUCCCAACGCAGAUAGAACAGUGUUGCUGAAUUGAUGAAAGCAAGAGAGUUAAAGCGUAAAUGGCAGUGAGAGUGAGCUGCCUGAAUUCGAUGCUAUGGCAUUCAAGAAAUGAUUACUGCAGGCAGCCCAGCAAAUCUCUGAGACGACAUUUCUUAUUAUCAUCCUCAUCCUCAAUUGCUGCUGCUGCAUUUCCAAGUGGCAGGGCAAUGGCAACAUCUGCUACUCUUGAGUCUGAUCAGCCCAAAUUUUCAUUUCCAAUAGUAAUCGACUCCCAUUUGCACGUCUGGGCCUCGCCCCAGGAGGCUGAGCAGAAGUAUCCUUACUUUCCAGGCCAAGAACCAACUUUACCAGGCGACGUAGACUUCUUGCUCCAGUGCAUGAACAAAGGGGGAGUGGAUGGUGCACUCAUAGUGCAGCCUAUUAAUCAUAAGUUCGAUCAUUCCUAUGUCACUAGUGUGCUAAAGAAAUAUCCCUCGAAAUUCGUUGGUUGUUGCCUUGCUAAUCCAACUGAAGAUGAAAAGGGUGUGAAGGACUUUGAAGAUCUUAUUCUGAAGGAUGGCUACCGUGCAGUUCGCUUUAAUCCAUACUUGUGGCCUUCUGGUCAACAGAUGACAAAUAACAUAGGAAAGGCUAUUUUCUCUAAAGCAGGAGAACUUGGAGUGCCUGUGGGUUUCAUGUGCAUGAAGGGCCUUAAUCUGCAUUUAUUAGAAAUCGAGGAACUGUGCACUGAAUUCCCUAAAACAACUGUUAUUCUCGAUCAUCUGGCUUUCUGUAAGCCUCCAACAAAUGAUGAAGACAGCAAACUCUUUUCGGCACUGCUAAAGUUGUCCAGGUUUCCUCAGGUGUAUGUAAAAUUUAGUGCCCUUUUUAGAGUGUCAAGAGUUCCGUAUCCCUAUGAUGAUUUGUCAAAAGCUCUGGAACUAGUAGUCUCCAGCUUCAGUGCAAACAGAGUCAUGUGGGGAAGGUAAUACGAAAUCUAUUUGUCUUUGAAACUUGAAUGGUUAUCUUUUACUGUGACAGGUAAAUUUGAACACAGUUUACAUCUACGGAGUAAUGAGUUUGCUGAUGCAGUGACUUCCCAUAUGUUGUUCCUGAAUGUGGUUACAAAGAAGCAAAAGAAGUUGUGCUUAGGCUCGGCCAGCAGGUUCCAUUGUCAGCCUCAGAUAUGGAGUGGAUCAUGGGUAAAACAGUGGCUCAUGUAUUUAAUAAGACCGAGUGGCUCGCUUGAAGCACCUCCGAACAGGCUCUAAUCCAUUGAUGGGCUGUAAAGUGUAAACAUCAAGUUCCAACUAGAAUUUGCUAUUUGGUCUUAUCAGAUGACAUCUCUCAAUUUACUUAUGUAUUGGCAUCUAAAUAUUCUAUUAAAAUAAAUAUUUUUAAUUUCUUUUUCAUUUGAAGAGGAGGAAAUAAAUUGAGAUUUUUUGGGUCUGAAUAAAGGGUAAAAGAGUACUAACAUCCUCCUUUUUUGAAUGACAUCAUAGUGACACGUCAUCUUUCUGGCACCUGAGGAUGAAUUUGAUAGUUGACUGGCC